AUGUUCCGCCGCAGCCCUCUUCUGGGUGCCGCCGUCGUCUACGGCGCAUCGCGGGCAGGUGCAAAACGUGGAAUGCAGCGCGAGGCAGAGCGCCAGCAGGCCAUGGAGUUCGAGUACCAGCGCCGUGAAGCUGAACAGAACCAACGAAGGAGGGAGGAGGAGAGACGCCGGGCCGAGGAACUCGAACAGGAGAAAGAACGCAUCAGGAGGCAGGUUGAGCUUGAGGAGCGCGAGAAAGCGUCUCAGGCACGAUCGGCACCGCCGCCGCCGCCGCAGCAGCAGCAGCAACAGCAACAACAGCAACAGCCUCAGCAGUAUCAACAGAGUCAGUCGUAUCUACAGCCGCCGCCCCCACAGUACAUCGAACAAGCCGGGCUAGUACCAGGGGCAUUCCCUACUUCUACUCCACCACCACCUCCUCCUCAGAGCUCCUCGACAUCGGGAGUUGAUUCCAUCUUCUGCAGCCACUGCGGCUACAAAUGCAGGCAAGUCGACAACUUCUGCAGUGGGUGCGGAUCCCGAUUGCCAAAACGCGACCAGAGAAAGUGA